AUGCUUGUCGAAGAGGUGCCCAAACAGGCGCUGAAAAACAGCUCUACCGUGUAUUUUCUGUCGCUGGUAUCGCUACUGGCACGUCCAUACUUCAAAAAUGCUGACUCCGAGGACGCCAACAGAAACUCUAAAAACAGACCGAAAGUCAACUACAACCUCACGGAUUUGCUUAAUGCACAGACGCAGGCAAAUUACAACAGUGGAACCGUCGCCAGUGGCGUGUUCAAGUCGUCUCAGCAGAUGCAGCUAGAGCGUCUCAUAUCAAAAAGACUUGGAGAACUCAGUAAAGAGACUCCAAAUAGUAAUUUCGAGCUACCAAAAACGUUUGGUUACACUAGCAUCCAUAAGAAUCUCAGUGCCGCCGACAAGAAGAAGAUUCGCCUUGGUAAUACACCAUCCACUAAACGUAUUUUGGCGGCAAGACGGAAUUUGAACUCAUACUUUGAAGAGGAAAAGAACUUAAUCUCCAUCAACACCAUUCUUGGAGUCAACUACUCGUUUGCAGAGCAGAACGAGAAUUUGGAAAACCCUUCGAAAAAGAGAAAGAUUGAGCGGCUGUUCAAGCCUAAGGUGAAGCUCUGUUGUGUUUGUGGGUCCAGCUCUAGUUAUUCUCGAUGUGAAUCAUGUGGCCAGUAUUCGUGCAGUGUGAGGUGCAAGCGUCUCCACCACGAUCUGAGAUGCACUUAA